AUGAGCGACGUGGUGGAGCGGACGCUGAGCGCCCUGCCCGGGCUGCUGGGGCAGCACGACCCGGGUGCUGGCCCGGGCGGUGCCGGCGGCCCCGGCAGGGUAUCGGCCUCCUCCCGGCUCGGCAGCCUCAUCCGGAGCAUCACGGCACUCACCUCCAAGCACGAAGAAGAAAAAUUAAUCCAGCAGGAACUAACCAGUUUGAAAGCAACAGUUUCAGCCCCCAACACAACACUUAGACUGAUGAAAGAAUGCAUGGUGAGACUCAUCUAUUGUGAAAUGCUGGGCUACGAGUCUUCCUUUGGAUACAUCCACGCAAUCAAACUUGCCCAGCAAGGGAAUCUUCUGGAGAAGAGAGUUGGUUACUUGGCAGUUUCUCUAUUUCUACAUGAAAAUCAUGAACUGCUGCUUCUGCUUGUGAACACAGUUGUGAAGGACUUGCAGAGCACUAACCUGGUAGAGGUGUGCAUGGCAUUAACUGUUGUCAGCCAGAUCUUUCCACGGGAGAUGAUUCCAGCUGUUCUGCCCCUAAUAGAAGACAAGCUUCAGCAUUCUAAGGAAAUUAUCCGAAGAAAAGCUGUUCAAGCUUUAUACAAAUUCUAUCUCAUUGCUCCUAAUCAAGUUCAGCACAUCCACGAUAAGUUCAGGAAGGCUUUGUGUGACAGGGAUGCUGGAGUCAUGGCUGCUUCUUUGCAUAUUUAUCUGCAAAUGAUUAAGGAAAACUCAUCUGGAUACAAGGACUUGACUGGGAGUUUUGUAACCAUCCUGAAGCAGGUGGUGGGAGGAAAGCUCUCUGCUGACUUCAACUAUCACAGUGUGCCAGCACCAUGGUUACAAAUUCAGCUUUUAAGAAUUUUGGGGCUGUUGGGAAAAGAUGAUCCAAGGACAAGUGAAUUGAUGUAUGAUGUUCUAGAUGAAUCUUUAAGAAGAGCAGAGAUUAAUCAUAAUAUUACAUAUGCCAUCUUGUUUGAAUGUGUCCAAACAAUUUAUACCAUUCAUCCCAAAUCAGAAUUACUUGAAAAGGCUGCCAAGUGCAUUGGAAAAUUUGUUUUGUCACCCAAAAUUAAUUUGAAAUACUUAGGUUUAAAGGCUCUGACCUAUGUUAUCCAGCAGGAUCCAAACCUGGCACUUCAGCACCAGAUGACAAUAAUUGAAUGUCUGGACCAUCCAGAUCCCAUUAUUAAGAGGGAGACCUUAGAGCUUCUCUACAGGAUUACAAAUGGGCAGAAUGUAAUUGUCAUAGUCCAGAAAAUGCUUGACUACUUAAAAGAAAGCCAAGAAGAAUAUGCCAUCAUCAGCUUAGUUGGCAAAAUAGCAGAACUAGCUGAGAAAUAUGCCCCUAACAAUGAGUGGUUCAUCCAGACAAUGAAUGCUGUGUUCUCAGUUGGAGGUGAUGUUGUGCAUUCUGAUAUCCCAAACAACUUCCUGAGGCUGUUGGCUGAAGGAUUUGAUGAUGAAAAAGAAGAUCAUCAGCUACGAAUGUAUGCGGUACAGUCCUAUUUGGCACUACUUGAGGAGGAAGAUAAAUUGUAUCCACAGAAAUUCCUUCAAGUUAUGAGCUGGGUGUUGGGAGAAUAUUUCAGUCUUGUUACAGAUGUUGAUCCAGAAGUUAUUUUAACAAAGCUGCAUGGCCUGCUGAAGAAGACUUUUGUUACUUCUGAAACUAAAGCAUGGAUAAUGGCUGCAGUCACCAAGAUAGCAUCACACACUUCCUGCUCAAAAACAGUGGAUGAAAUAAUCCAAGAACUCAGCAGCUCUCUGGAUACAUGCCUGAGACAAUAUGCCUUUGAACUGAAGCAUCUGUGUGAAGACAAAGCACUGAUGAAAAGCUUGCUUCCAUUUGAUGCUAGUUGCAGUGACCUGGUGGUAGAUGCUUCCUUAUCUUUUCUGGAUGGGUUUGUGGCUGAGGGACUCGCUCAUGGUGCAGCACCAUAUAAGCCUCAUCACCAGAGACAAGAGGAGAAACUUUCUCAGGAAAAAGCACUGAAUUUUGAACCUUAUGGAUUAUCCUUUGCUUCAAGUGUGUCCUCAUCUGGUGUCACUGGCAGACAGUCCCCCACUGGUUUAUCUUUUGGCUCUGAUAUAUCUGGAAAUAGUGCUGAGACAGGGCACAAAGAGACAAAUACUCUGAAACUCGAGGGAGUACGCAAGCUGUGGGGAAAAGAAGGUUACCUUCCAAAGAAAGAAAACAAAACAGGGAAAGGAAACGAGCCACAACCAGUGCCUUGUGGCAGCUUAUUAGCAGGGCAGGUGGGGGAACCUCCUGCACUGCAGCCUGAGCAAGGUGCCAGCCUGUCUGAGGAAGACAAAGAGAAGCAGCAGUUAGCAUCAACUUUGUUCAUUGGGCUGGGAGCAAGUGCUGGUGUCAGCCUGAUGGGCAAAGCAGACACAGCUACUCAGAAGUUCAAAAGGAAAUCAAAGAUAACUGAAACUCAGCAGUUGAGUGAGGAGGCAUCAGUCUUCCAAAACAGUGCUGCUUCAGAUUUUGGUCCCUUACUUGAUACAGUACCUAUUAAUGUGGAGGAUUCUGAGGGAAGUAUGCACACAAGGUUAAGGAAAGCCUCCCCUUCUUCAGAUAUUGUAGAAGACAAUUUAACAUUUGAAACACCUCAGUCCCUCAGAAAAUCUGUGCUGGAUGACAGAGUUUCACCUAACAGGCUGUCACAGUCAUCUUUGUUUGCUGAUAGCGAUAUUGAAAUUUUUCAGCCUUCUUCAAGUGCUCAAUGUGAGAGUGCCAGUGAAACACCAUUGGUCCCUUCCUUACCAGAAGAACUUGAAGAGCUUCCUCACUCUGAAGUAGUGGGACUUUGUCAGAGUGAUGCCUUAGCUCUGCAUUUAUGUAAGGUGUGGACAGAUGACUCUCUGUUGCUCAUUGUUUUUGUUUCAAAUAAAAGCACUGCUGCACUUCAUGCUGUGAACUUAGUGUUUGAAGAAACAGAACACUUUCAGAUUUUGGAGAGUGCCACCUCCCAGUUUCCUGUAAUUGAAGCUCAAAGUGUGGAACAUUGCCAGAAAUGUGUGAGGAUGAACAAAGUUUGUACACAGGCAAUUCUUCCUGCCUCUGUUAGUUACCAGUCAGAGAUGGAAACUUGCCUUGAAUUUUCAGUAACUUUAUCAUUGAUGGACUUCAUCAGGCCAAUGGAAAUGACUACAGAAGACUUUGGGAAGCUGUGGUUGUCUCUUUCCAAUGAUGUGAAACAGAACAUAAAAAUGUCACCUUGCCAAGAUUCCCUUUCAGCAGCCCUGGAUACACUGCAACAGAAGCUGAAACUCCACAGAGUUGAUGUUAUAGGUAAUGAGGGAAUCCUGGCCUGCCAGCUCCUGCCAUCUGUGCCCUGCCUGCUGCACUGCCGUACCCACUCAGGGAUGCUGGCCCUGUGGUUCAGGUCCCCUUGUGCUGCUCUUCCAGAUGGUUUGCUCUAUCAGUGUCAGAAGGUGAUGGAGGAAUCCUGAGAACAAUAGUGCCUGCCUUAAUCUAUUUGGUGUGUGAAAGCAAGUCAAAGAUUUAUACAGUUGCACAGAUAAUUACCAAAGCUAAACUAAGAUACUGCUUCUUCAAGUAUUAAAAGUUUUCUUCCAGCUGGCAACGUCCAAGUGGACUUGUGGGGGGAAAAUGGUGACCUAAAUUACCCCUGCAAAAACAUGCUCAGGACUGUACAGUACAUUAAAGUAUUGUUACCUGUGUAAGUGAAAUGUAUAUUAAUUUUGUUGUAAAUGACUGAAAGUAUUUAUUUUUAUUACACAGCUUUUAUAGAUGCCAACACUUAUUCUUCAUGGCAACUACUUAAAUAUGAUUUUGAAGAAAACAUAUUUCCAUUAUGAGGUCAGACUUGAUCAGUUAUUUAAUUUUAUUUUGAUAAUUUUUCUAAAGCUAUUUUUAAGCACUGCUGGCAACAAGACCCAUAUUGGUGGUUAUAUAAAAUAACUUAUGUAGCAGCAAAUGCAUGGUUUUAAAACAGUUAAAAGAUUCUAGGGAGGAAAACACUUCCCAUGAUCUUUGAUGUUUACCAUGGAAGGGAUAACAUCUAAAUAGGUUUUUGGUAGGAGUCAGGCAUGUGAAAUUGUUUGGAAGCACCUCCUGGGGGAUUAGCUGAAGCCCUUCAGGUUAUUCCUGUCUGCAGUUCUUUCUGCCCCAGGUUUCAGUCUCAUUCCCUUUCCACAGGGGUCUGUGACAGUCACUGAGGAUUUGUGCAUGGCUAAGCUGAAGUUCCACGUGGAUCAGCUCUGAGAUGACUGAGCUGGGGGCACUUGGCUGUGGACAUGUUGACUCCUUGAUUUUUGUUUAGUGAACAUGUUCAUUGCUUUCCAGUCUACCCUAUAAAUUUGAUCUGGCCAAAAUCCCUGUGCAUGAAAAUUCACAAGGGGAAAGCUUCCAUUUAUUUUUACUUCUAAUUAUUUAUAGCCUGGGUAUGACUCAUCAAAGAUCUGACUUGCAGGGAUGUGGCUGUGUUGUGUGCAUGCCUGGGAACUGCAGCAAGGCAUGAGGGAUUAAAUCACAGCAGCAAAUGUGGAAAAUGUGUCUGAGCA